AUGCGAGGGUUAAGGAUUUCAGCAAGGAGGGGAAACAAUCAUUCAAUAAAGGGAAAGAAGUAUUUUUUCUCCUUCAGUAAAAUUUUAUUAUUAUUUUUUCGAAAUCCCCUAAUUUAUUUGUUGAAAGUGUAUUGUUUGCUUUAUGUUUAUCGAGUGCAAUAUUUUUAUGAUAACAUUUUGAACUAUUCUCGCCGAUAUGCAAAUGUUGUGAUUGUGGAAAGUGUGAAAUGAAGGACUGUGUUAAAAAUUGUAAUUUAAAGAUUGAUUAAAAGAUGUCUUGGGCCCAAAGAAGGGGCCCUCCCAGGCCUAGCCCCUCCUCCAAUAACACCCCAAUACAGAUGUUCAACCCUCAGCAACAUUCCACCGUAGAGAAUCAAUGGCAACCACCGCCCGUUUUUCAACAGCAGCAAGACCAUGCACAGGCUCAAAAUUAUUGGCAACAACCUCAACAGGUGUAUCCCCCUCCUAGUCGUACUCCGAACGCCAAUACUGGCGUUCAGUACCAACAGUUCCAACAAGAGCCAUCUGGUGGUUAUUUCAAGAAUCAAUCGUAUAAUCAACAGUAUGAUCAAAGUGGUGCAUACUCUAACCAACCAGUACAGCCAGCCACCGAGGCAGAUGGUUGGGGUGAAAAUUGGGCCUGGGGUGAAGAAGACAAUUCCAAUGCUCAAACAAUGGCUGCAUCACAACAACACCAACAGUUGCAGUCCACAGCUAAUGUAUUAGCAGACAGUUUUUCCAACGACGAAUCGUGGAACUGGUCCGUCUCAGAGAUCAGAACCCCCGAAAACAACGCCCAUCAACAAGAUCAGAAACCAAACGACUUAUUUCCGACAGUGGGUGACUUGAAGAAACCGCCCGUUUCGAAUACGAGACCGGAAGCCCCUCCUCAAUCGAACAGGAGCAAACUGGAAACGCCACAGUGGUCCACCGAAUCUCAGCCCUCCAUAGAAUCGUCCGAUGACGUGGCGCAUACGUCAGAGAGUGACAAGAGCCAUCUGGUGUCGCGGUCGUCGACCAUCAGUCACUCUCCGGUGUCAGGACAGGAACAGUUGGGAGCUGUAGGGGUUGAAGUGCCUCCUGUUGAAAAUAACGAAAUUAUUAGGCAGGAAAAUAAUAAAGUGGUUAAUAAUGUUUUACCGCCGCCGAAAAAUGUGCUUACUCCGCCUCUGAUGCCUUCCACUCAAGGAGGUCCUGAUGAUUCUAGAAAUCCAUACAAAAGAUCGUCAGGCAACAGAUACCGGGCACCAACAACCCAACCACCCCCUCAAACCUCUUUUACCCCUCAAUCAGUCAAUUUAGAAACUUUACCUGACAAUUCCGAACAUCCCGAUUAUCCCCCUGUAUCGGGAGUAAGCAAAGUGCCCCAAAGAGCCCCCUUACAGUGGCCCCAAGCUGAAAACAACGAAGCCCCUAUUAAUGACAGGAACCAGUACUUGGAAACUGGACAGUUGUCCGAUUUGGGUUUAUCUGAAGGGAAUGAAGUAAAUGAUUUGGGAAAUGACACGUUACCUCCUCCUGGUCUGCAAAGAAUGGUUCCUGGUCAGCUUGAACAAAGCGAACCUUUACUGGGAUUUAGUAGGAUGGUACUGGGAGAGAACAAUAUUAAUCAAGCUCAGUACGACUUGAGUGGACCUCCGGAAGGUUUGCGCCGCAUGGUACCUGGCGAAUCCAGCUCUCCAGAAGUUUCCAUAGAUCAGCAGAAUAUCGACGAUAACGAUUCCGAUGGAGAACUGAAUAGGAUAACUCAAAACUCGAGCGUGCAGCCGCAAAGGUCGGCAACCAUCGGCGCAGACACUCCACCUAGGGUGCAGAAUCCCGUACCUCAAAUCCAGCAGGCUCCAGUCAAUAGGGCUGAGUUGAUAGGGCAUCAAGACUUGGCACAGAGCUCUAGUAUUGAUAUUCUAGAUGCUAUUCCUUUAUCAAAAAGUUCCUCAAAUGAUAAUAAAUCCAAACAUUCCUCUAAAGCAAAAGAUAAGGACCUUCAGGAAAAUCGUAGGGAAAUUAUUGAUGGCCAAAUUAACGAAAGUAGUGUCACAAAUCUCACCAACUCCAUAAGAAACUUGACCGUUGGAGAGAACUUAACAGAUGGUCAAACGUCUAACACUAGUGUUCAUGAACAUUCGCCCAGGAGACACAGCAGACAAGAAAGUAGUGAAAGUGACAGUGAUAGGAAACAUCCUUCUAGGUCUAGUAGAGAAAAACGUUCUAUGGAAAAAUCUAAAUCCAGGGACAAAGAGAGAGAUAGGUAUAAAGAAAAGGAUAGCGACAGAGAGAGGUAUAAUAAAGACAGAGAUGACGAUAGAUACUCUCCCGAUUCUUACAGGGACAAAAGAGAUAGGAGAGAUCGUAGGUAUAGAGAGAGAAGGUAUGAGGAAGAUACGGAUUAUUACAGCGACAAGGAAAAAGACAGAAGGAUGAGGGAUAAUAGAGACAGAGACUAUGAACGAAAAUACAGCAGCUUAAGAAAAGACAAAGACAGAAGAAGGAAAGAACGAGACGGAAGAGAUUACAGGGAUUCCCGAAGGUACUAUGGAAGGUACGGCGAGGAAUAUGGCGUCGAGAAUCGAUCGAGCAGGCCGUCAAGUCGGUCAGACUCGAUGCACGAAUCCUACAGAGAAAGACGGCACGACCCCGAGCCCAGAGACAGAGAUCGCAGACCUAGGGAUAGGGAUAGAGAACGGGACAGGCAUAGAAACAGGGAUCACAGAGAAUCUUACAAUCCCUAUCAGGGUUAUGCCUACGAUCCUUACAAUCCCUACUACCAGCAGUACCAGUACUACGAAAAUCUGCGCAGGACGAAUCCUCAAGCUUAUGCCGAAUGGUACCGGAAGUACUACCAGCAAACAGUGGGCAGCAACGCGUCGUUCACGGCCGAGGACCGAGGUUCGGUGCACUCGGGACGGAGCUCCGCCAAUGACGAGUUGGCUAAAGACAGGUAUACGAGGCAAAGUUUUUAUAGCCAAUCCAGCGCUGCCAACUACUACGGACAGUCUAGAUCUCUGUCCGGUCAGUAUGUCCUUGACAGUUCUAGUUACAAUAAUCGUACCUUCGAUCAAACGGACACCACUCUGGCUUACGACCAGCAACCAGGAGCAUCUCAGCGACUGACCCCCGCUAAAUUCGCCACUGUCCAUCUUAAAGCCUCGAUCGCUUCAGGCAGAUUGGUCAGGGUUCUGCCCAACUACCCCAUGGAUGACCAGAGUGCAACAGUGGAAAUACGUAACCUAGAGAGUUUACUGGAAAACGAUCCGGAGUAUUUGGAAUUGAGGUCUUUUCCUGGACCUUUGGUCAAGGGUGUCACCCACAAGAAACAGGUGAUCGAGUAUUGUGACAAGAAGAUUAAAAGUGCCGCUUAUAACAGAGGUAUAGCUGAUGUGGAUAGUUACGUCUUGAUGUGGGAGCUGUUGAUUUUACUGAUCAGACAGAAUGGGAUGGUUGUAGGAACAGAUAUAGCAGAACUUCUUCUUAAAAAUCAAAACACCCAAGUCCCACCACGGUCAUCUUCAGUACUGUCAACUGCUAGCAGUACCGGGGUUGGCGAAAGAAACGAAAACACCGAAAUACUUCACCAAGCUGCUUUGGAGAACGGUAGUACCAAUUCCGUAGCACCAACUUCAACCAGAGAAGAUGAAGUGACAAAGAAAUUCAGAGAAUAUCUGUUGUAUGGCUCUUGUAAGGAAGCUUUAGAAUGGGCUAUGAAACAUGAACUUUGGGGUCACGCCUUAUUCUUAGCUAGUAAACUUGAUAAGAGAACCUAUGCCAACGUUAUGAUGCGUUUUGCGAAUGGCUUGACUCUAAAUGAUCCUCUUCAAACGCUUUACCAACUUCUAUCUGGAAAAGUACCCGCUGCAGUAACGUGUGUAUCUGAUGAAAAAUGGGGAGACUGGCGACCCCACCUAGCCAUGAUCUUAUCAAAUUCUUCUUUGCGACCCGAUCUGAACUGUAGGGCUAUCACCCAAUUAGGAGAUACUCUCCUGAACAGAGGUUGUCUAUACGCGGCCCAAUUUUGCUAUUUAAUGUCCGAAGUAGGGUUCGGAAAGCACGAUGACGCGAGUACCAGGCUGGUACUGCUUGGAUCGGAUCACAGGAGGCCGUUCCCGCAGUUUGUAAUCAACGAGGCCGUUCACAUGACCGAAAUCUAUGAGUUUGCUUGCAGCUUGAAUGACCAAGGGUUCUAUAUUAAGGAGUUCCAGAUAUACAAGUAUUUAUUGGCUACGAGAUUGGCCGACGCGGGACUUUUGGAGAAAUCGCUUCUAUACCUGGAGCGUUUGGCAAGUCAUAUAAUCGCCCAGCCUACCGGUGUUUCUCCGGUACUUAUCGACGGAGUUUGCGCACUAUCCGACAAGCUCAAGUUCCACGAUCCUUUGGGUGAUCCUGACGAGGACGAAUCGGCUUUUGGAUCAGACCUGGAGACAAGCAGACCUGACAAUUCGUGGUUGAAAGACUUGAAAGCCAUUCAAAACGAUUUUCAGACCGGAAAUAUUGUACAAGACACUUACGUCAAACAAGAGCCACAAGUCGAUGUACCGUUGCAACAAACCUACGCCAACGCACCAGAGCCUUGGCAAUUGCAACAGCAGUACCAGUACGAACAACAAGUGCCUCAGAUGUGGCAACCUGAGCCCCAAAUUCAGGUCCAACCAGAAGAAAAUAUACCACAGCAACAUGAAAUUAUGACAAAUCAGUACCAAGACCCUCAACAACAGAACUACUGGCCAGGUCAACAGGAACAGCCGCUUCAGUACAUUCAGGAUCAGGUACUGGAUCAACAGCAACAUUUUGAUCAACCUCCUGGCUAUUAUGAGAGUUUGAAUAAUCAAGCAGAGAAGAUGGCGCCUCCUGUACAACAACAGCCCCAGAUAUCGAUGCCGAAUCAAGCGAGCGCCAAGAGCGGCAUUUUUGAUGACGAGCCCCUGCCUCAUGAAACUCAGGCUCAGAAUCGAUCACCGGCAAAAACUCAACAACAAAAACCUUCUGCUGGAGACGAAAGUGGUAAACAACAGAGUACUGGCUGGUUUGGAGGCAUUUUCAGUAAACUGUCGAUGAAGCCGAAGAAUCAAAUGAAGCUGCCCGAUGAUAAAAACCCGAAGAUUGUGUGGGACCAAGACAAGAAGCGUUGGACGAACGUGGACGGCGAUUCAAACGACGCGGCCGAGUUCAAACCCCCACCCAAAAUGGCGGACCUUAUGCCCAAGCCGUCGCAAGCCCCACCAGGUAUUGGUUUUGGUAGUUUGCAGAGUAGUAGUUUGGAUUACGCUAGUGCCAAUUUUAACGGUAUAAACGUCGCAUCUAACGAUACACCGUUCUAUAUAGAUCAGGGACCGGCGUCUCUACCAGUGGCGUCGCCUACCGGGGCACCGGGUGAGGACAGCGGCGUACCACCUAAAGCUGCGCAGCCUAAUAUGUUCAAGAUGAAUAGGGGCAGAAAUUUAAAGAAUUCGUACGUCAACGUUUUCAAGCAAAAUGGGGUUAUGUCUUCCGGUGGAGGACCACAAUCACUGCCCGGCCCUGAGUCCAUCCCUGCAGCGCCUGCUCAAAUGAACUUAUUCAUUCCCCAAGCUGUCAACGACCCUAACGCUCCCGUAGACUUUCUGACGCCAGGUGGCGCUCCAAUACAAAUAGGGGAAUCACAGAUGUCUAGAUGGAGCUCCUCAAGUUCGCUAUCCAGAGAAGUAGCUUCAUACAUGCUUAAAAAAAAUGUUCACCGCUAAAAAAAUAUCCAAAAAGAACCGUCAAGAUUCAUUUUUUCGGUAGCAACAUUAACAAUUAACACGACUUCGAGGACAUUUAGGAUAAUCAAUUUUUUAAUAUGGAACCUUCCGCGGUAAUGGAGAAUAUACUUAUAUAAUAUAAAUCGCAAUAUUUGUGAUUAAUUUGUUUUUUAUAUGUGAUUAUUGCAAAUUUUAUUAAUUAUAAAUAUUGUAAAGAUACUAGCUGAAAGUGUAUAUUGUAUUGAAUAAGGGUAUAUAAUGUUAAAUUAAAGCAGUUUAAGUUU